AUGAGGAAUAGACGUGGAAUUGAACUUUUUGGGGAAAGAGAAGUAUUAGGACUAGUAGUCAGUACACCUGAAGGUGUACAACUAGUUGGACAGAAAUAUAUUGAGAAUGGUGAAAUUGUGAGACACAAGGCACGUUUAGUUGCACAGGGUUUCUCACAAAUACCCGGAAUUGAUUAUGAAGAGACAUACUCUCCUGUAGUGGAUGCAACUACUUUCCGGUAUCUCAUUACUCUUGCUAUAAGAGAAGGACUUGAUUUUCGGCUGAUGGAUGUAGUCACAGCCUACUUAUAUGGUCCAUUGGAUAAUGAGAUCUAUAUGAAAGUCCCAGAAGGAUUUGAACUGCCUGAAGCAGAGAAAUCAAAUUCUAGAGAAGAUUUCUCCAUAAAGUUAAAACGUUCUCUUUAUGGAUUGAAACAAUCAGGACGUAUGUGGUAUAACCGUCUUAGUGAAUACUUGCUGAAGGAAGGCUAUAAGAAUGAUCUUAUCAGUCCAUGCAUAUUCAUAAGGAAAUUCGGUAAAGGAUUUGUUAUCAUUGCGGUGUACGUGGAUGAUUUGAAUAUUAUUGGAACUCCUGAAGAGAUUUCAUAUACAGUAGAAUACUUGAAGAAAGAAUUUGAGAUGAAAGAUCUCGGAAAGACGAAAUUCUGCUUGGGAUUGCAGAUUGAGCAUCUUGUGGAUGGAAUUCUACUGCACCAGAUGGCGUACACCAGAAAAUUCUCAAAAGAUGCAGGAUACUUGUCUGAUCCACAUACUGCUCGUUCACAAACUGGAUAUGUGUUCACUUGUGGAGGUACUGCUAUUUCUUGGCGUUCUAUGAAGCAAACUCUUGCAGCUACUUCUUCUAACCAUGCAGAGAUAUUAGCCAUCCACGAAGCUAGUCGAAAAGGAGCUCCAACGGUUAUGUAUGAAGAUAAUGCUGCUUGCAUCGCACAACUCAAGGAUGGGUACAUUAAAGGAGACAGAACGAAGCACAUCCUACCGAAGUUUUUCUUCACCCAUGAGUUACAGAAGAAUGGCGAUGUAAGUGUACACCAGAUUCGUUCAAGCGAGAAUUUGGCGGACUUGUUUACUAAGGCGCUUCCAACAUCUACUUUCAAGAAGCUAACUCAUAUGAUUGGACUGCGUCGUCUCAAGGAUCUCACGGAUGUCCACAUGAGGGGAAGUAAUUGUGCGCUACACUCUUUUUCCCUUAACCAUGGUUUUUCCUGAUCUCACCGGCCAAAAUUUCCUCGAGAAGGUCAUAGCCUAUCUUCGGCACCUUCUCAAGCUGUAUCUCGUUGUAAACCACCGGAAUACCGACCGUCCCUAGCCUACACAUCUCGUCCGGGUGACAUGCUGACGUUCCUCUCAGCGUCUUCGUUAGAUCAAAAGCAAACAAUCACAGCUACAUAA